AUGUGUUAUGAACGGAGGGAGUGGAUGAAGAUGAUGAAGACAAGAGGGAGAUGCUUAUACACGUUUAUGUGGUUAAAUGAGGCUAAGGUGGAGCUUCGUGAUGUUGACAGUGGUAACAAAGUGAACGAAAGAUUGCGUACUGAUGAGGCACUUGAAAGAGUAUUUGUUGAAGAAAAGUCGUUCACUUACCUUUAUACUGAUGAAGAAACAGACAGUGUUGUGCUAAUGGAGUGA